CGUAGCUAGAACGGUGGGGAUCUAGGUCACAGCUCUAAAUCUUGGCUAAACGAGCUGAAGUCGUUGCAGGAUGACAUCGGCUCUCUCUAAAUUCAUUAUCAAGACCCUGUGCGACAACCAGGGGUGUUUGGACUUCGGGAAAUUAGAAGAGAAACUCGCACAGAAAUUCACGGUUGCGGAAACGGUCCUGCGCGCUGUCCUCUUUGACGACGGUAAAAUUGCCAUUAAAGAAAGCAGAAAGAGAGCCAGUAAAAUCAUCAGCCCGGAUAGUCUGGUAGUGGCUAAAACCAACCUGCGGCUCUGCCAGAAAAGACCCGGAGAGUGUCCGCAGUGCGAUGGCUUACACCUGUGCAAGUAUUUUGUUUGCGGAGAGUGCACUUUCGGAGGCAAGUGUAAAAAUCCGCACAGCUUGGCUUCCCCAUACAAUGCAGAGCUUUUGAAGAGGUACAAUCUUCAUGAUUUCACAGAGAAACAGCUGUUCCAACUGUUACUGCAGAAUGAUCCUUUUCUGCUUCCUGAGAUAUGCCCGCAUUACAACAAGGGCAACGGUCAGCAUGGCUCCUGUAAAUUCACCACCUCCUGCACCAAGCUCCAUGUCUGCCAGCACUUUUUCCAGGGUGACUGCAAGUUCGGCUCUUCAUGUAAAAGAAACCAUGGCUUAGAUGAGCACGCAAUGAAGCUCUUCAGAGGAUUCAGUCAGGAGAAUAUUGGAAACCUUCCCAAGAUCUACAGAAAUAAACUCAUCAUCACGGGCCAACAGGAGAAAGUAGCUACUGGUGUCACUGCACUAACAGAGGUGAGAACCUCAGCUCAGCAGCAUUCCCAGCAGCCUUCCAGCAUCAAUCCUGGAUCCCCAACCAGUUCUGCUUGUCCACCUAAGCCACUGAGCAAUGCUGACAUGAAUGAAAUCUGCCUCUAUUUCAUUCGCAGGCACUGCAGCUUCAAAGAUAAGUGUGCUCGUGUCCACUGGCACCUGCCUUACAGAUGGCAGGUCUUAGACACUGAUGGAGUAACCUGGAAGGAUUUGCCCACUAUGGAGGAAAUUGAGAAGGCAUACUGUGACCCAGCACGAGACACAAGCUGCACAGAUCAGCCAUCGUCUGCUUUAGGAAUUUUCAGAUAUCUGUCUCUUCAGAGCCAUUCAUCCCCUCUUGAGCAGUCAGUGGACUUCAGGACCAUGAGAUAUGGAGGAUCUCUAGUUCGUCGCCUGUCCACUGCCUCCUCUGUCUCGAAACCCCCUCACUACAUUCUCACAACACAGUGGGCCUGGUACUGGAAGGAUGACAGCGGGAAAUGGCUUGAAUAUGGACAGGGUGAGGAAUCAUCAGUGACUUCAGAAACCCUGGAGAAUAUAUACCUGGCAGACAGAGAUACAGAGAUUCCUUUUAGUGCUGGCAAACAGCAAUAUGUUUUCCGCUUCAAAGAUGAAGCAGGAAACCAGCUUAUGUGUCAGCAGAAUAUAAAAUACAAAACUAAGAGAGAGGUCAGAAGGAGGCCUCGCUUUGUAUCUGCUCAAGACGUGGAGGACAAGCUGAAGUGUACAUCAUCAAAGAGCUCCAGCUCCUCCACAGCUGAAAGUCUACCACCCCACUGGGACAAAAACGCCAUACCUGAGUUUGGAUAUAAGCUCAUAUGUCUCCCCCAGUCUGCACCAGAUUAUAAUCUGAUUGAGUCACUGUUUAGACGCACCAUGCCUCAGAGUAAAAUUAACAGCAUCCAGAGGAUUCAGAACCCCUCUCUGUGGAAAGUCUUUCAGUGGCAGAAAGAGCAGAUGAAGGAGAGGAACGGAGGAGAACCUGCAAUGCUGUACUUGUUCCAUGGGACUGAUGAGCCUCUGAUAGAGGCCAUCUGUGAGCAGAACUUUGACUGGAGGAUGUGUGGCGUCCAUGGCACAGCCUAUGGCAAAGGGAGCUACUUUGCCAAAGAUGCAUCUUACUCAGACAGAUAUGCCAGUGUCAAAGGAGGGCCAAGGAAGAUCAUGUUUGUUGCACUGGUCCUGGUAGGCCAGUACACCAAGGGGAGAAGCAGCUACGUUCGCCCGCCGCUUAAACCGAACGGCAGAACUCUCUAUGAUAGUUGCGUUGACUCUGCGGACAACCCUGGUAUUUAUGUCGUCUUUGAAAAACAGCAGAUUUAUCCAGAGUACAUUAUCAAAUACUCAUAAGUCCCGAUGGUGCGUUUCCUUUUUCUGGAUGUUCUUUUGUUUAGUGGUGGAUUUUUAAGUUUUGCAUUUGUAGAAUGAUUUCAAACUUUUAUUAGUUAAUAGGGACAAGCUUAAAUUUUACAUUUUAAUUAAUCAGAGCACAUAUUCAUGUAUGGUUUUUUACUUUUCAAGUUAGCUUCUUACUGCUGUGACACAAUGUUUUCAGCGAUAGUGACAGGAAUUUCUAGUGUCCGUUUUACAUGCAGUGGCACUUAAAGGCCUGAACAUCAUGGCGAUUCAAUAAAGGGCCGUAUCCAUGAUUGUGGUGAUUUCUCCAAAUCCUGUAACUCUUUUAAUCAUACUGUGUCUGAAGCUAAAUUCUUUCCACAGUGAGAAAGGUUGUCAUAAUACUGGUAAACUAUUUGAUUAUAGUAUGCAGUAUUUUUUGCUUUUGAUAUGAAACAGCUUCUCUGGGGUGUUCGUUUUAUAUACAGAACCAGUCAAAAUUUGGACACACCUUCUCAUUCAAUGUUUUUCUUUCUUUUUUUUUUUUUUUUCCUACAUUGUAAAUUAAUACUGAAGUCUUCCAGACCAUAAAGGAACACAUAAGGAAUCAUAUACUAAACUUAUAAGUGUUAAACCAAAACAUGUCUUAGAUUUUAGAUUCUUCAAAGUAGGCACCUUUUACUUUGAUUACAGCUUUGCUCACUCUUGGCAUUCUCUCAAUCAGCUUCAUGAGGUCAUCACCUGAAAUGGUUUUCCAAC